GUGGGUAAUUGGCGGGAAAAAAGGCUGUGACCUCAGCUGUGAGACAUAGACCAAGAUACAAAAAAUACAGCAGCUAGCUCUAUGAGUGAUCGUUUCCAACUAAACAGAGAGGCAGGUGUACCUGGGCUCAGGGGUCGUGGAGGGGACAGGGAUGACACGUCUGUGAGUGCUCGCUACCAGCGAGCCCAACAAUGUGACGAGAUGGAUGCUCGGUUUGGGUUCAGUCGUUACCAGGGAACCUCCGAGAGAAUGGGCUGGCUCAUCAACAUUCACCCCGCUGAUAUUGUUGAUGAGAACAAAAAGUUGGUGAGUGCUGUGGACUUUUACUUCAUCCAAGAAGAUGGCGACCGUUUCAAGGCGACAUUGCCGUUCCAGCCAUACUUCUAUAUCUCUACCAAGAAGGACACAGAGCGUGAAGUUAGCUCCUUCCUUAGUCGGAAACUCUCCGGUAGAGUGGCUGGAAUAGACAUGGUAGAGAAAGAAGAUUUGGAUCUAGCCAACCAUUUGGUAGGUCUGAAGGCUCGAUUCCUAAAGCUUCGAUUCCAUAGCGUUGAGGAUCUCCUAAAAGCAAAGCGUGAUGUCAUGCCAGCUGUCAGAAAGAACAGAGAAAGGGAAAAGGCUCAUUCUGCCUACGAUCCUUCUCUCUUUACCGCCAGAAACAUGUCUGAGGCUGGCUCCACCUCUUCUCGUGUCACAGACCAAAUGGAAAACAUUACUGGCAUCAGGGAGUAUGAUGUUCCUUACCACGUACGUGUCGCUAUAGACCUAAAGAUUAAUGUCGGCCACUGGUACCAUGUAAAGGGGCGGGGUUCCGACCCUCCUGAAUUCUCAUUGGUUAGUGAGGAACCCGAUCGUCCAGAGCCAGUUGUGUUGGCGUUUGAUAUCGAGACUACAAAACUGCCUCUUAAGUUUCCCGAUCGAAGUCUAGACAGCAUCAUGAUGAUCUCCUAUAUGAUAGAUGGACAGGGCUACCUGAUUACGAACCGGGAGGUGAUAGGAGCGGACGUGGAGGACUUUGAGUACACCCCCAAACCCGAGUACGAGGGACCAUUUAUAGUGUUCAAUGAACCCGAUGAGGCCUCUCUACUCCGCAAGUUCUUUGAUCACAUCCUGGAGAUAAGGCCAAACAUCUUUGUCACCUACAAUGGAGACUUGUUUGAUUGGCCGUUUGUGGAGGCGAGGGCAACCCACCACCACUUGAACAUGAUGGACGAGAUCGGGUUUAGCCCAGACACACAGAAUGAGUACAAGUGCCGACCUUGCAUACACAUGGACGCUUACAGAUGGGUGAAGAGAGAUAGCUACCUUCCCGUGGGAUCCCAGAACCUGAAGGCCACCACCAAGGCCAAGCUGCGCUAUGAUCCGGUGGAACUCGACCCAGAGGACAUGUGCAGGAUGGCUUGUGAGGACCCGCAGGGGCUCUCCAACUAUUCUGUAUCUGAUGCCGUGGCGACGUACUACCUUUACAUGAAAUAUGUGCACCCGUUUAUCUUUGCCCUCUGCACGAUCAUCCCCAUGGAACCGGACGAGGUGCUGAGGAAGGGCUCUGGUACACUCUGCGAGACUCUGCUCAUGGUGCAGGCUUUCCAUGGAAACAUCGUCUUUCCCAACAAGCACGAGGCCAUACUGAGCAAGCUGACGUCCGAUGGUCACCUGCUGGACUCGGAGACCUAUGUGGGGGGUCAUGUGGAGGCACUGGAGUCAGGUGUCUUCCGUAGUGACAUCCCCACACGAUUCAAAAUGAACCCGGAGAUGUGCCAGCACCUUGCAGAUAAUGUUCUUCGCACAAUGACACAUGCCCUAGAGGUCGAAGAAAAAAUACCACUAGACCAAGUUACAAACUUUGAUGAAACCUGCUCCGAAAUUAUCUCGAAACUCAACAAUUUACGAGACACUCCGUUUAGGAUGGAGAACCCGAUGAUUUACCAUCUUGAUGUAGGAGCAAUGUAUCCCAACAUUAUUCUAACCAAUCGACUUCAACCAUCAGCCAUUGUAGACGAGGCCACGUGUGCAGCAUGUGACUUCAAUAAGCCUGGGGCUAUGUGUCAGCGACCCAUGGAGUGGGUUUGGAGGGCAGAUUACCUGCCUGCCAGUCGUAAUGAGUACCAGACGAUUCGGCUCCAAUUAGAGAGUGAGACGUUCCCUCCUGAGAGGCCGGGGGACAAGAUGAAGUCUUUUCACUCCCUCCCUCCCCUGGAGCAGUCACAGCUAGAGAAGAAGAGGCUGGCGGACUAUUGUCGUAAGGCAUACAAGCGAGUGCGUAUGACCAAACAAGACGUAAAGACCACCACUGUGUGUCAGAGAGAAAACUCGUUUUACGUGGACACUGUCAGAGCCUUCAGGGAUCGUCGGUACAAGUUCAAGGGACUACUCAAGGUAUGGAAGAAAAAGUUGGAUGCGGCCAAACAGAGUGGAGACCCGGCAGAGGUCAAGAGCUGCAAGAACAAGGAGGUGCUCUACGACUCGCUGCAGCUGGCUCACAAGUGCAUCCUCAACUCAUUCUAUGGCUAUGUCAUGAGGAAGGGUGCUCGCUGGUACUCCAUGGAAAUGGCUGGUAUUGUGUGCUACACUGGAGCCAACAUCAUCACUAAGGCCAGGCAGAUUGUCGAGCAGAUAGGCCGCCCUCUUGAGUUGGACACGGAUGGUAUCUGGUGCAUUCUGCCCUCUAGUUUCCCUGAGAACUUUGAGUUCCAUACCAACGUACCUCGCAAGUCACGUGUGACCGUCUCCUACCCUGGGGCAAUGUUGAACGUGAUGGUGAAGGAUUUCUUUACCAACGAUCAAUACCAAGAGUUGGUGGACCCGGAGAGCGUAGUGUACGAGCAAAGACAAGAGAACUCCAUCUUCUUCGAGGUGGACGGUCCGUAUCGUGCCAUGAUCCUGCCGUGCUCGAAAGAAGAGGGGAAGAGACUCAAGAAGAGAUAUGCAGUGUUCAAUGAAGAUGGUAGCCUUGCUGAGUUAAAGGGGUUUGAGGUGAAGAGGAGAGGAGAGCUACAACUCAUCAAAAUAUUCCAGUCCUCCGUGUUCGAGUCCUUCCUCAAUGGCAGCACCUUGGAGGAGUGUUAUGCCUCAGUGGCCAAGGUGGCAGACUACUGGCUUGAUGUGCUGUACAGUCAGGCCGAGAACAUGCCUGACUCGGAGCUGUUUGCACUGAUCUCUGAGAACAGGAGCAUGUCUCGUAAACUGGAGGAUUACGGGGAGCAAAAGAGCACCUCCAUCAGCACUGCAAAGAGACUGGCUGAGUUCCUUGGUGACCAGAUGGUGAAAGACGCUGGUCUUGCCUGUCGAUUUAUCAUUGCUCGCAAACCUGAGGGUGCUCCAGUCACUGAGAGAGCCAUUCCACUGGCCAUCUUCCAGGCUGAGCCCAGUGUGAAGAAGCACUUUCUCAGAAAAUGGCUCAAAACCUCCUCCAUUGAUAACUUCGAUAUUAGAGCUAUCCUGGAUUGGAAGUACUAUAUUGAGAGGCUGGGCAAUACGAUUCAAAAGAUUAUCACUAUUCCUGCCGCCAUGCAGGGGGUAGCCAACCCGGCUCCUCGAGUGACUCAUCCUGACUGGUUGGCUAAGAGGCUGAUGGAGAAGAAUGAUGUAUGCAAGCAGCAAAAGAUUAGCGAGAUGUUCGCUAAACUUCCAGCCUCUACAACUGAUUCAGAUCAUUCCCCGCCCCCUUCAAAUCUCAAGCGUUCCCAUGACAACAUUGGACUCUCUCCUGACAUUGAGGACAUCGCUAUAAGUCAGAAGCGUCCCCACACCACUCCUACCGUCACCAAGCACACCACCCUUACACCCUCACAGCCUCUUGGCGGCUCAUGGAGAAAUGUACUCGGCCCACCCCCUAGUCGUGGAACCACAAAGGAAGAAUUCUAUUCAUGGCUCAAGUAUCAUAAAGAGAAGUGGAGGUUGCAAUUGAUGAGAAAACGUGAACGAAAGUCAGCGGCCAAUCGUGAUGACUACUACGGAGACAGUUUUGAUCACACGACACCUAGACGGACUGGUGGUCUCACUGGGUUUCUACGGCAACAGAACAGAGCUCUUGUUGACCUCCCUUGGCAAAUCAUUCAGGUGUGUGAGACGAAUACCCCUGGACAGUACUACCUCUGGACUAUGGUGGGAAGAGACCUUCACCACUUGAAGCUCACCAUUCCUCGUGUGUUCUACGUCAAUUGUCGAUCGACCAAUCAGCUUCAAGGUGAAGGCACAGCUUGGAGGCGUGUCUCUAAGCAUCUCCCACGCUCAUCCCCUGUCCUCAACUUGAAUGAGUAUUGUGUAUCAGAGGAGAUCUUCUAUGAGCAUGCCGGAGAGUUGGCCACUCAGCUGUCAGCCCCAGACAUUGAAGGUGUGUACGAGGCGCAGGUGCCACUCGAGUUCAGGGCCAUUGUCACUCUCGGUUGUGUGGCUAGUCUCAACAGGAAGUACGCCAGACAGGUCAUCACUGGGGAGAUGAACUCUUUUGAACUGGACAAGCUGGACUUCAAGACAGUGGCAGAGUGUUCUUACUUGGAGAACACCAGCUCUUUCAAGCAAAUCUAUCUCUACCACAGCACAUGUGACCACAGAUCCAUGUUGGGUUUAUUCGUCAUGGCAACCAAGAAGGCCCACUUGUUUGUCAUUGAUCGUGUGCGUACCAAUCAGAUGCCCAACAUGACCAACCUCUACCAACAGCUGCGCACCCACCGGCAAACAAGUUUCCAGGAGGAUUACCCAGUACCCGACGAGGAGUUCAGCUUUGACGUGAGGGUGGACACUGAAGCAAGGAGGGUGUAUCGUAACCUACACACUCUGCUGUUGGAGUACAAGGACGCUAAGAAAGGACCCACUGUCGUGUUCAUCCAGUCCCCUCUCAAGAGCAGUCACCUUACUGCAGCCAUCACCAGCCUCAAAGACUUCCCACAGGUGUGCAUCAAAAGUCUUGACUCAGACAACCAAUACCCCACUCUGGACUGGCAGAGGGCUGCUUCUCGCUCUAUGGUGGAGCAGUUCCUCAACCUACCCAUAUGGAUACAGAAUCAGCUCUACCAGGCUCGCUAUGCCCACAUUCCCAUUGGCAACCUCCCCUCAAACUUCUCCCUCUUCGUUUCGGACGUAUUUUACUCUCGUCACCUGACUAGACACAACCACAUCCUCUGGGUCUCCCCAUCGGACAAUCCUGAUCUUGGAGGUCAAGAGGGCGAUGAUCAGCGGCUGUGUAUGGACAACGAAGAAGGCCGGAGCAUUGAGAUCAAUAACCCAGGGGCGUAUCCCACCUGCUGCAUAGAGCUCUCUCUUGACAACCUGGCAGUCAACACUGUACUGCAGUCUCCUCACAUCAACGACUAUGAGGGCGGAGCUGCUAGCACUGUCAGUUUUGACUGGGUCCCACAGGCAUCCCUUGAGGAGUUAAUGGAGGGUACUGGUGCGGCAUCCCUGACUGUGUACGAUGAAGCUGCACUCUGUUCUAGUGCCUUCAAAGUGCUCAGGGGAUUAGUGCACACCUGGCUCAACGAGGUCUCCACACACCACAACCAUUACGCUGACCUACAACUACAGCAUUUUUAUCGCUGGCUCCGUUCCCCCACUUCCCUUAUGUAUGAGCCUGCUCUCUGUCGAAUCGUCCACAAGCUGAUGAAAAAGCUGUUCAUGCAACUCAUCGGGGAGUUCAAACGUCUUGGCUCCACCAUUGUGUAUGCCGACUUCAGUAAGAUUGUCGUGUGUACCAAAAAGAAGUGUGUGGAGGACGCUAGUGCAUACAUCGAGUUCAUACUGGGGAGCAUCCGGUCACGUGACCUCUUCCACAGUAUCCAGAUUGAGCCCACCACCUGCUGGAGCUAUCUCUUCUGGAUGGAUCAGGAGAACUACGGAGGUGUGAAGGUGAAGCUGCCUCGCUCAUUGCUGGAGGUGUACCGAGAUCCAGAGGAGGCACCAAACGACGAAGAGAACAGUGAUGAAGACAUGGAUAGUGAGGAGGUCGAGUCAGAGGGUGUGGUUGAUGGUAAAGGUAUCCAACUGGACAUGAACUGGAACAUUUGCAAGUACCUCCCUGAGGCUGGGUCCUGUCAGGACUGGUUCAGAGUGCUUGUGGCCAGUCAUGUUCGAGACCUGUAUGUCCAUGCCGAGGAUGAGCGCGCAGCUCGUACCCCCGGUAUGGCUACCCCCGUCAAGAAAAGGCCACCUCUGAGCAGCCAGACUCAGUUUGUGCCCGACCCCACCCUCACUGCCAGCUCCGUCUCUUUUGCUCAGCAGAGGAUCGAGAGUGAACUCACUGAUAAACUCUUCACGAUAACUCAGAAAAUCCACCAGACUCUGGGCAGUGGAGAGAGUAAGAAAGGCGGUAGUGACGACUUGUUUCCCCUCCUCCCUGGCUCACAUCUACACCUUCACAACCCAGCACUCGAGUUCGUCAAAUCCAUCUGCAAGGUGCUGGCUCUGGACUCUAGCACAAGACAUCAAGUGGCAAAGUUAAGACGUGACUUACUGAAGCUGAUUGGUAUCAGAGAGUUCUCCCCCGAGGCUAAGUUUCAAGACCCAUGUCGAUCCUUUGUACUCCCCGAGGUGAUCUGCGAUGACUGUAAUAAUUGCCGAGAUCUGGAUCUGUGUAGAGACUCCAAGAUUGCAUAUAAUGAGGAGCUGGACAGGAUGGAGUGGUGCUGCUCCCACUGCGGCACCCCGUACAACAGAGACCUGAUAGAACAGAGCCUACUAGACACGGUGCAGAAGAGAUCUAUGUCCUUCGUCCUGCAAGACCUGGUCUGCACAAAAUGUCGUGGGGUGAAAGAAGGGAAUAUGGCGAGUUAUUGCACGUGUGCCGGUCAGUUCACUGAGACACAGCAACAGGAAUCAUUCAUUGAGCAGAUGACCACAUUCAGGAACAUUGGAAGAUUCUACUCAUUGAAUAUUCUGGAUGAGACUGUCACUUGGAUCUUAGAAAUGAACGAACAUUGAGACCAUAGAUAGUUCCAACAUUUUGAAGCCAUAUAUACAGGAAUUUUAAUUGCUAUCUGAGCCAUAUGAUGUAUG